UCGCGGCCAUGAAUCUUCGAGCGAAAUGCAAAAUGGCGGUGAGUAUUACUUCAACUCGCUCUUACCUACCUGGACCUCCCGGUCUACUACUCUCCCUUAAAUUGUUUGACGAGCUAAUCUUUAUCUAGAGAUGAAUGCAAACCUCUCAGAGCGUUUCAGAGGCGGCCGCCGUCCAAAUACUCAUCAAGCGUUGACUACUGCUUUUGAGAAUGGUCUCGACCUCAGCUUGAACCUAGAAAUCCGCGACUACGUUCAAAAACAAGAAUCAAUCAAGCAAUCCUCGGAAAAAGACGCAUGGCUUUCCCAACCGGAGUUCCCCACCGUCGAAGAAUUGGCCAUUGCUGAAGCCGCCCUAACGCCAAACAAGAUCGAAGGCCCCUACAGAAGCAAAGAUAAAUACCUUAAGAUACAUUACGGCCUGCAGCGAGAAGAUGCAAUUGGCAGCCUCCGUGAUGCACUUCAAGAUUUUCGUCAAAAUCCGUCAGCCAAUGACACGACAAAGUACUCAGUCUACGAUCAGGUUCACAUUGUCGGCUUCACAUUUGCUCGACGAGGUCUUGCCGCAAGAAUACAGUUCUCGACGAAGAGAGCAGGAAAACGUAUCAGUUGGCAAACCAGCAAGAGACUGGUGUCAGGCUCCAUUGUUACAUUGAUUCGAGCGAAGGACAAACUCACGGAUCUGAAUGGCUUGGUGGUCGCAGUCGUGGCAGCAAGACCUCUCGCUGGAGUCUUAGCAGAACCCCCAGAGAUUGACAUUUACUUCGGCAAUCCUGAAGCGGUCCAAAUCGAUCCACAAGAGGAGUGGCUUAUGAUUGAGGCGAAGCAAGGGUAUUACGAAGCAUACCGACAUACAUUGAGAGCACUGCAGAAACUCAGCCAGGAAACCUUUCCUUUAUCUGAACAUAUCUGCCAACUAAACCCUUCUGUCGGAGCUCCGGCCUAUGUACAAGACAAUCCAAGUCUCGACCUUAGUGCGGCCGCGAAACAGGAUCAAAAGAAGGACUACGAGAAGAUAGACAUCACAAGAGAUUGGCCACCUGCCCCGAAAGACUCCCUUGACGACACUCAAUGGGAGGCUUUACAAGAGAUCAUCACGAAGAAGCUCGCCAUCAUCCAAGGACCCCCGGGGACGGGAAAGACCUAUGUCUCCAAGAUUGCAGUUGAGAUACUCCAAGCGAACCGAAAAGCAGGCGAUCCACCAAUCAUCAUCGCAGCACAGACAAAUCACGCUUUGGAUCAACUCCUCGGCCACAUAUCUCACUUUGAACCCAACUACGUUCGUCUGGGAGGUCGGAGCACGAAUCUGGAGGUCAAGAAACGUGCUCUUUUCGAGAUCCGGCAGAAGGAGAGAAUCAAACAGAUUCCGGGCGGUCUCUUUGGCAGAUCCAACAACCACCUGACCAAGCAGUCCAAAGCGAUGAGUUCCAUUCUGGAACCACUCUCGUUACCCGGGAGUGAUCCUUACUCCACUGAACGAGUUUCCGGACCGGCAUUCUUCCUGAAGCUUGGUGUCCUAAAUGCGCAGCAAGCGAAAUCACUAGAAGAUGGGGCGACACAGUGGGUGUCUACCACCACUUCGCUAGGCGGAUCAAUACAACUCUGGCUUGAUAGAGCUCUGCUUCCAUUCGAGGUCAAGUAUGCGCACGAUACUUAUGGGUUCGAUGAAGUCGAAGACGAGGAUUUAGAGUUUGAACAACUGAGAGAGAACGAGGACUCUGCAGGUGUCAAUGAUGAAGAAGACAUUGAGCUCCUGAAAGGGCCCUGGAUCAGAAUUCAAGAGAAAUUCACAGUCCGACCUGCAUCAUCAAGUGAUAUCGCCAAAGCCACCAAAUUGUUGGAUACAGCCACAGACCUGUGGAGAGUCCCUGACUACCUUCGAGGUCCCAUGUAUUCCGUCAUCCAAUCUCGAGCGAAGGCAGCUCUAGCAAGACAGUUCCGUGAAGCUGCAGUGACCUAUGAAAAGCUAGUCAAGGAGAAUCUUGUCGGCAAGUGGGAGCAGGAUGCAGUUUACCUUCAACGAGCUGCUAUAAUCGGCAUGACGACGACGGGUCUUAGCAAAUAUCGCCCUCUGGUCUCCGCCUUGAAACCCAAGAUCAUCCUCAUUGAGGAAGCAGCCGAAGUGUUGGAGGCUCCGGUCACGGUUGCUUGCAUUGAGUCGCUCCAACAUCUGAUCCUGGUAGGUGAUCAUCAACAACUCCAAGGACAUUGCAGCGUGCAGGAGCUGGAGGGUGACCCAUUCAACCUCAAUGUGUCUCUGUUCGAGAGACUUGUUCGCAAUAACAUGCCUUACAAGACGCUCUUGCGACAAAGACGAAUGGAUCCUGAGUUCCGAAGACUCAUUUCUGACUUGUAUCCGAAUUUGAGCGAUCAUCCAAGUGUCCUUGACCGUCCAGUCGAACAGUGGGGUAUGGGUAAAAUCAAAUCUUUCUUUUUCGAUCAUUCGUGGUCCGAGUACAAGGACGAGUCACUUUCGACAUAUAACGCGGAAGAGGCUAAGAUGAUCGCUGCCUUCUACCGUCAUCUGAACAAGAAUGGUGUGGGACCCGAACAAAUCACAGUGUUGACCUUCUACAACGGACAGCGAAAGAAGAUCUUGAAAGAACUCCGAGCUUAUACCGAUAUUACCGCAGGCUACCUUCAGGUCAAGACUGUCGACUCCUACCAAGGAGAAGAGAACCAUGUGGUGAUCCUAUCGCUCACCCGCAGCAACGAAGAUGGAAGGAUUGGUUUCUUGGCCAACAUCAACAGAGUGUGCGUUGCUCUCUCGCGUGCCAAAUUUGGCUUUUACAUCUUCGGAAAUGCUAGAGCAAUGAUGGCUGGCAGCGAGCUAUGGUAUAACGUCGUCCAACGAAUGCGCGCAAGCCCGAAACGCCUCGAGAACGUCUUACCCAUCCAGUGUAAGAAUCAUGGUAGAACAUGCCUCAUGCAAUAUCCAGAAGACUGGGCGAACACCGAAGGAGGUUGCCAAAACGCUUGUGACACAACCCUAAACUGUGGCCACCAAUGCCCAUUGUGGUGCCACCCCUACUCACAUGACAAGGUCCAGUGCCCAGAGGACUGCAUGAAAAAGUUGGCUUGUUCGCACGGAUGUGAUCGCAAAUGCUCACAACCUUGUUAUUGCUCUUGUGACGAGUUUGCACGAAUUCAAAAGCUGGAGAUGGAAGAAGCUUGGUCUAUGCCGGAUGCAUCCGCAGACCGACAGGCUACGCAGGAUAUCAGGGUUCCCCAAGGAUUCAAUGUUACAGCUCGGUUCGCGUAAUACUGGCCCGUCAUAUC